CAAACAAACAUAAGUUGUUCAUAAACAGUUCAUGUUAACAUAAUAGAAAUAUCCUAUUCUGCUGUUUUUUCAUCAAUAUUAAACUGUCAAGCAAUCACAAUCGAUUUUAUCUAAUCUUGAAAUCUUAUAUAUACGUUUCAAUCGUAGUUCUUGUUACACACAUUGAAUGCAGGAUGUAAAGAGGAAAAUGAAAGACUUGUGUGAUGUAACAUAAGGAAUUGAUUUUCCUGGUCUCGAGACAACAUGGAAAACACUUAUGAUGUUGCGUAAAGUUUUAUUAAUCUGUGUUUUUGGAUGGUGUUUUCCUUUCAAAUUGAAAUGUCCAAGCGAAUCACAGUGGUCUUUGAGAGCCAGAGCAUUCUGCCCAUCGGAUCCAUCAAAGUAUUCCUGCAUUCAGAAUGAUCUGACUGGAGGAUUUACUGAAGAUUGUUCAGUAGUCGAAUUUGAAAGAGGAGGCACAAAGACAAUCUUACGUGGUAACUUUGAUGCGGGACCGUGUUCUAAAGACCGAUAUCAACCAGGCCACAUGAAGUAUUCAACAAACGUUAGCAGUGGAUGUGUAUUUGCUAAAUCGCUAUGUAGCGAGGAAGGCCAAAUCCUAUUCGAUCAAGGAAGUCCUACUCAAGAUGUUGAGUGCAGAUGUGACUAUACAGAAAACUACGACUUCAUUUUUAGACAAAAUAAUUCUAGGUAUUGCAAGCCUUCAGAAGAAGAUUGUGCUUGCUUUAAAAAGCAGUGUCUGACUAAUUACGUACUUUCAUCAGAUUAUGCGUGCAUUUUAACUCCAGCAAUAACAAAUGAACCACUGCUUGAUAAACCUAGAAACGAAACAGAAAUCCUGUUGAUUCCACAGAGUAAUAUCACAAAACGAGAGAGGUUUCAUCUACCAACACGCACAGCAAUUCUCCUCAUUUUGAUAUUGAUAAUUGUUGUUUUCCUGGGUCCAUUUUGUCAUGACAAGGAGUUAGACAAGCUAAUUGACCAGCACGUACGAAAAGUUUACUUUGUAAGAAACCUCGAAGAAGAGGUUAAAGGCAUUGAAGGUAAAUCUGAAAAAAUUACAUGUGAGCUUUCUAAAAAAGACGUUGCAGUACAAUGGUUGAAAGAUGGAACACCUAUUCAAUUUCCUUGUACUCGUUUUAUCAAAGAUAGUGGCGGAAGAUAUUACACAUUAAUGAUCAGUGACUUAAAAAUGGAAGAUGAUGGUGUAAUUACUCUGAAAGCUGGGAAUAGAUUAAGUCAGGGAUUGAAGUUAAAAGUUCUUCCAUAUUUUACCACAAAUUUAAAACCACUUACUAGUACUGAAGGUCAAACUGUUUUUAUUGAAUUCCAAACAGUUGAAAACAUAAGUGAUGUUACCUGCAUUUGGUUCUUCAAUGAUAAUGAAAUAAACGAUUCUGAGAAAUAUCUGACAAGACAAUCAGGAGUCGAUUGUCAAUUGACGAUAAAGGAAGUCAAACCUAUCGAUAGUGGGGAAUAUCAAAUCAGAAUAAGGAAUAUUUCAAGACGUACAGAGUUAAAGGUGCAAUCUUACUUCAAAGCUGAUCUGCGACCUAUUCCUUGUGUCGAAGGAGGAGAAUGUCUUUUAGAGUGUGAAGUAACUGGUAAUAAUAAUAUGCCUGCUAUCUGGUUUAAAGAUGGGAAUCAGAUAGAUACAUCUGAAAGAGUACUGAUUUCUAUGAACGGUACUAAACAUCAAUUGAAAAUUUUGAAUGUGAAGUCAGACGAUCGUGGUGAUUAUAAAAUAACAGUGAAUAAUGUAUCACGGCAAGCCGAUGUCAAAGUUAUAGAUCUAUUUUCAAAGCCUUUGACGAACACCAGUUGCAUGGAGGGUCUAAGGGCAGUUCUUAUUUGUGAAGUGGUCGAUAAGCAAAUCAAUGCCAAGUGGUCAAAAGACGGUAUACCAAUUGGUGAAAAUUCUGACAUAUUUGUUCAGUCGUCUGAUGGCAUUCACAAGUUAUGCAUAAAUCAAACUGAUAAAAACAGUGAAGGACAGUAUCAAAUCAACGUUGGAAAUAGAAACAGUUCAGCAUAUUUAAAAGUAACAGCAAUGCCAGAUUUUAUCAGACGAAUGCCACUUGAAGAUAGAGAAAGAUAUCUGAGGACUGCUAAAGAUGGUACAAUGAAGAGACGACACAUUAGAAUUAUGAUUGUUGGAAAAUAUUCAGCCGGUAAAACUUGUUUAAUGCGACGUUUACUGAAUGAGGAAAUUAAUGACGUUAUAAGUACAGAUGGCAUUAACGUAGAAGUAAGGAGAUGUAAAGUAAGGAUUUCAGACGGACAGUGGAUUUUUAGUGAAGAAAAAUGCUACAAGCAGGACUUUGACGGAAAAUUUAAGAACGCGUUGUCUGCAAAAAUACAUGAUUACAGCAAUCCGAAGCCUUUAGUUUCUGCCAAUAUAGAACAACUUGAUUACAUCAGCAUUCACAGUAAUGCCACAGACCAGUCGUUAAAUAAAGACAAAACGACCCCUGUGGUCGAGGAAAACAUUAGUCUAAAAAGUAGGAAACAAGAUUCAAAGGACAUCCAAACCGCUGAAUUGGUGGCUCCAAAAAGAUGUCACACAUUAACCGAGGUCAAAGGCGAUUUUUCACAUAAUGUCUUUCAACAAGAUAGUAAAUUAUUGGAUGAAAAUGAAAUGAAAAGUAUGAAGGAAACAUCAAUUAGAACUAUGUCAAUACAGAAAAGCAACGACUUCGAACAAAAUAGGACUAAUAAAAGCAACACUGAACAGACAACAGAAUUAAAAAUAAAACCCUUACAUGAGCUUCAGCCAAAGCAAAUUCAUACGGACGAAUCCAUUGAAAAUAAGGAAACAGACCAGCUCUAUCUGCUGUCCAAUGUUCUGCAGAGUGAGGGCAAUACAGACAAUAUAGAAUGUGCUGAAUGUGAUUUUUGGGACUUUGCUGGACAAAGAGAUUUUUAUGCUACACAUCAAACUUUUCUGACUAUGAAUGCAAUUUACCUGUUGACUAUAGACUUAUCAAGUUUCGAAACAGCUCAGCCAGUCCAACAGGAAGGCGGUAAAUUAGACGAUAUUGGAGAAUACACAAAUUACUGGUUGGAUUGUAUUCAUUGUUACUCAACACAGAAUCGAAAAGAAAAGAUGGAAGAAAGAGAGCCUCCAGUUAUCAUUGUUUGUACAGGGAUAGACAAAGUAACGGAUUUCCAUAAAGUUACAAAAAGCUUCAAACAUCACUUGGAAGAAAAUGUUGGUUCUCAUCCCAAACGGUUCCAUAUAAGAGACAUUGUCUACCUCUCAAACAAAGAUAAAGAUAAAAAUAAGUUUGACAUUCUUCGUUCAAAAAUAUGGAAAACUGUCAAAAGCAUGUCUUCUUGGGAAGACGAACUUCCAUUAUCAUGGAUACAUCUUGAAAAACAGUUACAAGUCAAAAGUGAUAAGGAAAAUAUAGUUUCUUUGGAAGAUGUUAUGAAAAUUGGUCGUGAAAGUACUUUUCCAGUGACAAAUGAGGAAGAUGUCAUUUCAUUUCUACGAGUUCAACAUGAGAUGGGGAAUAUUAUUUUUUUCCACAGACUGAGAGAGUAUAUUAUUUUGAAUCCGGUAUGGUUAGUAGAUGCAUUCAGAUGUCUCGUAUCACCGUGUGAAUUCCAACAACAUCAUCUUGAUAUAGAUAAUUUAAACCAGAUAGCAGACACUGGCGAAAUUAUGAUUGAUUAUAUAGAGCAGAUGUUUACCAAGGUACCGAAACUUAACUUUUUCAAGCAUAAAGAUCAUCUACUAAAAGUAAUGGAAGAAUUUGACAUAAUUGUCAGGCCAAAAACUAGACGACCUCUUUCGUUCCAGCAAGGCUAUUACAUACCCUGCUUAAUUAAAUAUGGAACAUUUGCAACAGUAAGUGAUAAUUUCGGUGUCAAUAAGAACAACUGCCAGAGAACACCGUGGGUUUGCCUAGAAUUUGAUUUUUUACCACCGGCAUUCUUUAACCAUAUUUUAGUUCACUUAAUUCGAAUUUACCAUGUGAGUGAAGCUGAUGUGAAAUCCCGACUAGCACUGUAUAGUAGUUUCGGUGUUUUCGAUUUAAACAAGUCGGCAACGUCAAAACUUGUUCUUUGUACUGCAAAUGACACAAUAGCCUUUCAGGUAUGGCAAUGGCUUAGAGAUAGAUCACAAUUUGUAUACCUUCGAACGAAAAUAGAAGAAAUAGUCGAUGAUGUUAUCAAGAGGUAUCGAAUGGAUAUCAAAUACGACGUCAAAUAUAAAUGCAAAACUGGAACAUUUUCAAAACAAAUGGGUAGAAAAACUGCCAGUGAGCUAAGUCAGCUGAAAAAGUACUGUUGUUCGGAACACAACGAAAACCAUGAAGCAAAAGAAAUAAUUGACGUAUGGAUAGAGCAGCAGAAAUCUAAGGGAUUUCCCGAAGAGACAAUCGAUCGCGAAUGGAAUAAGCAGAUAAAGUGCAAGUCAUGUGGUUUAGUUGCAGUUUAUUGGUGUGAGAAUUGCGAAAAAGCCAUGUGUGAAGUGUGUAAUGAGAAACACACACUUGCAUCAACACAGCAUACAGUUGUCAAUGUGUUAGACAAGUAUAUAUUAAAGAAUCAGUUUGUGGUGGAUAAAGCUUCAAUUUGUGACAUUAAAAUGCUUAGUGAAACCCUAUUAGUUGCUGAUUUCAUCGGAAAGCAACUUAUUCUUUACAAUACCAAUGGAAUAGACCAACGCACUGUACCUUUAUCGAAAGGGCCGAGAAAAAUAGCUAUUGUUGACAACAAACGUGUUGCAGUGAGAUUAUUCAGAGAUAGUAAAGUUGUGAUAGUAGAUUUAUACCAAAGCGGAAUUUUCGAAAUAGAUAUAAAGGAAAAAUGUCAUGGAAUUAUGUACAUGAACAACAAACUAUUUGUAGGCUGUGAUGAUAAUACCUUAAGAGUAUUUGAUUUGAACGGAGAGAAAAUUAAGACUAUUGAUAUGCCAUUUAAGCCUUGGUAUAUCUGUAGUGAUAGUGAAAAUCGUAUUUUAUGCACCGAAGAAUAUAAUGCAAACAAAGUGUCUUGUUUUGAUCAGGAUGGUAACGAACUGUUUAUCAUCAGUAAUAACUAUAUGGUUGGAGUAGCAGGAAUAACAGUUGACGAUAAUGGGUUUAUUCUUGUCUCUUGUAAGAACUCACAUAACGUUCAUAGAAUAAAUCCAAAUGACAAAAAGAGUGAAAUCAUAAUUUCAAAGAUUCCGGGAUUGUCAACGGACUGGUUUCCAUAUAUCUGCUUCGAUUCUCAGUCAGAAUCAGUGAUCAUUGCCCGUGAAGAUAAGGUGUAUGUGUAUGCCAAGCAAAUGGAUUUAUAAGUUAUAAGCUAUUUUAUGUUAAGUUUAGUUGUUGUAAAAACAAAUAAUCUAUAGUGUACAUUUCAAGAGAUAAUAUUCAUAAAAAAUAGUUUUCUUAUACACAUAUGAAUCUUUUAUAAAUAUUGAAACACCAAACAUCGAUAACAAAAGGAGUAACCGAUCAAAAAUAUUGCAAUACAUUUUUUAUGAAUUGUAUGACUCAAAAAUAACAAAAAUAAUAAAUAAAUAAAAUU